ACGUGUAAUAUUAUAAUUAUUAUGUGAACAAGGAAUAAUACAUUGAAAUCUUUUACUUUGCUCUGGUAAAUUAUUCACUUAUUAUCAUGUCAAAUAUGCAUUUUUCGCUUGAGCGAUGAACUGCUUAAUUAAUCAGUUAUGUUUUACUAUAAAACCUCCUGCACAGAGAAGUCUGCAGUUGUAGAGAAGACGCGCUGGAAGAAAGAUGAAGAUGUCUCAAUUAUAUCCAUCUGCGUUGUUUGUUUUGUCCGUGGUUUUUGUAUUAAUUGAUAGUAAAACUAUUGGUUUCCAUCAGCAGGACUUUGAGAACAACGGACACGAUGAACUGCAUGAUUAUUACGCCCCAAUCAAUUACAAAUACUCGUACGGCGUUGAAGAUCAAAAGAACGGCGAUUUUAAGUCGCACAAAGAGGAAAGGACCGGCGAUGUUGUAAGAGGGGAAUACAGCGUUUUGGGCCCAGACGGUAUUGUGCGAACUGUUACUUAUUAUGUGGACAAACACAGUGGAUUCCAAGCUGUUGUCACUAAAUCGGGUGAAGGAAUUGAUCAUCCAGAUGUCGGUCAUCAAGAAAUUUUGAAUAAUGCCAAUUACGCCUCGCAGAUUCAUCAAGAAAAUCAUGUUAACAAUCAUGAAUUGCACGACGAUCAUAUUCCAAUUAAUUUGCAAGUGCAAGCCAUUGCCCAGCCGAUUUUUGCUUCAAAUGAAGGGAAGAAUCUGAGGCGUCAGCAUAGCUACAGCAAUGAUCACAGACACAUCGAAUACAUUCAACCGAACUACUUAAAUUUCAUCCACCAACAGCAACAAAACGUUCAGCCCCAAUACUACAGUCAACAACAAGAAGUGUCAAACGUUGAACCGCAAUACGAGCAUAAAAUUAAUUGGUAUUAACUCUCUUCCUGAUCGCGUACGAUGUAAUUAUUUAUGUUUCAUAAACAAUAGCACAUUGUGCAAAUUAGCAUAAAAAAAAAACUAAAGUAAAUAAUUCCAAAAAUAUAAUGGACGGAAAAAAUGGACGCUUAAAGAGAAAAAAAUCCAUUUACACUUGUAAACAUCCAAACUUCCAUUACACAUCAUUUAAGCUAAACAACAAAUUUGGCGUACAUCCUAAUUCGCUUUUUGCGAUGAAAAGUAUUUCAAUAUCGCUCAAAGUGUAUUUCGUAUCAAUAAAUCUGGAAUUUGUUUUGGUGAGAAUAAUGGGAAUUUGCGAAUUUAUAAAUAUCUUUUAAGAAUGGCGAUUUAUAAAUAUCUCAAGAGGCAGUAGUAAUUGGUGAAAGAAUGCUGAUAGUAGGGUCAGGAUAUAGCUAUUUUCGUUCGUCCGCAAUAUCAAGACAUAAAAUAAAAAAUCGAGACCUAAUAAAUAUUAGGUCUCCGGAAGGUUUUUCCCGAAACUCUACUUAAAACAACGGUAUAAAUAUUAUGAUUUUAGAAUAUUUUCCUAGACUUGUAUUUAAAAAA